AUGGACUCAAAGGAUGGAGUUAUGAUGAAGACAAGCGAGUAUGAGACAACAACAAGCAAAUGCAUUGCAGAGGAAAUCGAGCCACGGUCGAACCAACCCAUCCGCAAGUUACCAUGGAUGAUGACUUACGAGUCGAUUAAGACAUAUAAAGAUGUUAUGAUGAUCGAAUGUCUGGAUAGUCGAGCCAUUAAACCAUAUGGUCGAGACUCGUUAGAUCGGGAAGACAAGACUACAUCUUUUUCGCUUAAAAUCCUUUCACCAAGGAUUUUAUUAACCUACCCGAUUUGGGUUCGGAUUUCAAUACAGCCACAUUCUCGUCGAUUCCAAGCUCUUCGAAUGGAAUAUUGGGAAUCUUUAACGCAUCUCGGCAGGACUCGGAGAAUGCCGGAAAAUUUGAAGCCUCUAGAUGAAGUUUUUUUGCAGGAGGAAGUUGAGCUUCACAUGCCGGAAUCCGAGGGAGAGCUCUUGCUUGCUCGUUUUGAUAAGGUUCGUGAUUGUUUCGAGUGUAUUCAACUUGGAUAA